AUACUUCUCCUCUUUUCCUUCAUCAGUCGACCGCACCUCCAAUCCGCCACCGCACUCCAAACCCCACACCCACGGUGACGCCACUACAGCUCACUCACGGCAGCUCUCCCGCCCUCUCUUUCACUCUCAUGGAGUCUUGAUGCUUCUUUUCUUUUCCACCUCUCUCUCAGUCUUAUGAAUUUUCAUAGAUGGGAUAAUUGAGAAUCAGUAGAAUCUACGACUUUAUAUUAUAUCUAUGGGAUCUUUGGAUUUUGUCCUCUUGGUAUUGAAAUGAUCUACGAUCAUUUUCAAUUUCAACACUGAAAUAAUAAUGAUUUAUUCUGUAGAAUUAUGAAAUUACAUAGGUCUUUGAUGUUUCUUAAUAUGGGAAAGUAGGUUUCGGGUUCCACAUUUGGCAAUAUGUUAUUGUGUAUUUGGCAUAUAUAAUGUUUGAUAUAAUGAUUGUAUGAACAAUCUGUUUAUACAGUUGAAUGGUUAUCAAGAUACUUUAUAAGCAUUCAUAAAUAUGCUUUAUGGGUCAUUAGAGAAUUAUGUUUUAUAUUGUUAAUGCUUUCUACUUUUAAUUUUUAAUUUCUCUGACUAUUUAUGUAUUUUGCUCAUAACUCAUGUUUGUGAAUUAAUCAAUUUAGCUAUUAGUAGCUGUUGAUUUUGAUCACAUCCAUUUAUGCUUCUCGCCCACUGGAAGCAUGUUCCAUUUUGGGAUAUUAAGAGUUAAGAGGCUUCACAUAGUGUGUUGAAAUUUCAAACAUUAUAUCCUGAUUUUUAUUUGAGAUUCACAUUUUUUAAAAAUACUGUUUUAUAUAAUGAUGUUUUGUCUCUUUAACUCAAAAACAGUGAUGUGCAUUUUAAUGCUGUUGUUCAAUUUUCACUGCUGACAUAGUUUAAGCUUUUCGGCAACUUAAAUGUGGUUAUAUGGUCAUUGAAAGAAAUAAAUUUUGAGGGAAAAUUUUGGUUUCUAGGUUGUGAUAUUAAAUUUUAGUGGGCAAAGAUUGAAGUGGUUGUGCCUGUAUAUAUUUGACGCAAUGUCUGACUGGAGUUCAUAGCAAUAGCAUCACGUUGAUGCUGAGAAAGACAAUUCUAAGAGACCAAACAAUAACAGCUAAGAUCUCAUAGAAUAUUGGUGGAUUGAACUUCAAUUCCCGCUAACUGGGAUAGAUGGGUGAGCAGAAGGAAGGGUUCAGAAUUCUAAUGGUCUCUGAUUUUUUUUACCCCAAUUUUGGUGGUGUGGAGAAUCACAUUUAUUACCUCUCACAAUGUCUAAUAAAGCUUGGCCACAAGGUAGUGGUAAUGACGCAUGCCUAUGGGAACCGGUCUGGAGUGAGAUAUAUGACAGGAGGGUUGAAAGUUUACUAUAUACCAUGGACACCCUUUGUGAUGCAGAAUACAUUACCAACCUUCUAUGGAACUCUUCCUAUUAUAAGGACUAUACUUAUAAGAGAAAAAAUAUCAUUGGUACAUGCCCAUCAAGCAUUCUCAACUCUCUGUCAUGAAGCUUUGAUGCAUGCACGCACAAUGGGGUAUAAGGCCGUGUUUACUGAUCACUCACUCUAUGGUUUUUCGGAUGUUGGUAGCAUCCACAUGAACAAGGUUUUGCAGUUUACUUUAGCGGAUGUAACUCAGGCAAUUUGUGUUUCUCAUACAAGCAAGGAAAAUACAGUGCUACGGUCGGGUUUGCUGCCAGAGAAGGUUUUUGUGAUACCUAAUGCUGUUGACACGCCUAUGUUCAAGCCUGCUGCAAAAAGACUCAGUCGUGAUGAAAUUGUUAUUGUUGUUAUUAGUAGGCUGGUGUACAGGAAGGGUGCUGAUCUGCUUGUUGAAGUUAUUCCAGAAGUCUGCCGAUUAUAUCCCUAUGUUCGUUUCAUCAUUGGAGGAGAUGGACCUAAGCGUGUGCGGUUAGAAGAGAUGAGGGAGAAGCAUUCCCUUCAAGAUCGUGUUGAAAUGCUGGGUGCAGUCCCACAUGCUCAAGUGCGGUCUGUCCUUGUUUCUGGCCAUAUAUUCUUAAACAGUUCAUUAACAGAAGCCUUUUGCAUAGCCAUACUAGAGGCUGCAAGUUGUGGAUUGUUGACUGUCAGUACACGUGUAGGAGGUGUUCCAGAGGUUCUACCAGAUGACAUGAUUGUACUUGCGGAACCAGAUCCUGGUGAUAUGGUUCAUGCAAUCAAGAAGGCAAUAUCUAUUCUUCCCAUGAUUGAUCCACAAGUGAUGCACAAUCGGAUGAAGGGACUAUACGAUUGGCAUGAUGUUGCCAAAAGGACAGAGAUCGUGUAUGAUCGGGCACUAAAAUGCACAAGUCAAAGUCUUUUAGGAAGACUCUCUCGCUUAAAUCCAAUAAAUUUUAGCCCAAUAACACUUCCUUGGUAUCUCUCAUGUGGAUCAUGGGCAGGCAAGCUAUUUUGGUUGGUAAUGAUCAUCGAUUUUUUGUUAUGGCGACUAUUGCAAGUAUGGCAGCCCGCAGAGCAUAUCGAGGAGGUGCCUGAUUUUACCAUGUCCCAUGAUGAAGACUGAAGACAAGAAGAGAUAAUCUUGUAUUCCAUGUCCACAACAAGGGGAUAUGUUGAGAACAUUGGGUGUCUCAUAUUUUGUUGAUAUUGUUGGCCAAGUUUGUGUGUUUCACACUUGAGUACUGGAGCUAAAUAAUUAGUGACAGUAUAUUUUUUUAUUGAAUAAUUGUAAUGAAAAUUUUAGUACUGGUGUUCAAAAAAGAAAACGAUGGUAUUUUUGUAAUGAAAAUGCUAGUGGUGUUAAAUAGUUGUUCAAAUUUACUGAAGAUUGAACUUUAUUAAAGUGUACAAAAGGAGUUGUAAAGAUUGAACUUUUUGUAAUGAAAAUGCUAGUGGUGUUAAAUAGAAGUACGAUUUUUGAA